AUGCUGACAGUCAAGGUUAGUAGAUCUCGCUACAGUCAAGGCUUGGAGAUCUUACUGACAGUCAAGGAGAUCUUCACUGACAGUCAAGGCUUGGAGAUCUUACUGACAGGUCAAGGCUGGAGACUAUGCUGGCGGUCAAGGCUUGGAGACUAUGCUGACGGUCAAGGCUUGGAGACUAUGCUGACGGAGGACGAGAAAGUUAUCGAACUGGUGGAGAAAUAUGGGCCCAAGCGGACGCUGAUCGCCAAACACCUGAAUCGCAUCGGGAAACAGUGCGAACGAUGGAGGUCAUCUGACUUCAACCCAGCCAUCAAGAAGAGUGCCUGGACAGAGGAGGAAGACCGUCAUUUACGAGGCGCAAAACAGUGGAACCAGUGGGCCAAGAUUGCUAAGUUGAUCCCUGGCAGGACUGACAACGCCAUCAAGAAUCACUGGAACUCUACCAUGAGGCGUGGCACGAGGCGUGGAGAUGAGGGGCUGCCGGACGCAAGAACAGCGGGUGGACGUACACAACUCGGCAGACAACCCUGUGAUGGCAAUCCGCACCACCACCACAACACUACUCCCAGGACUACUACCACAGAGCAGGAAGCCAACGAAAUACUAAUCAAUCCCCCACAAGAUGACGCCGGUGAAGACAAUACCCUUCAGUCCAUCACAGUUUCAAUAGUCCCAACCUGUCCUGAUGACGGUAACCUCACCUCCACGCCCACUCUUUAG